CAUGGCGGCAGCUAGCGUCAGUUACCUACCACCUGGUCGGCCCUGCAUUCACGCCGCCUGCUGAACGAAUCUGGGGCGCAUUGAAAACAUUUUGGCCUUCUUGUCUGAUAUCUCCAAACUUUCAAAUCAAUCUAUCUGCACGACUUCGCCCAUCCGCUCAACCGGACCUGCUACGCCCACCGCUACAUCAAUUAGAUAAUUAUUUGAUAACUACUGCGAUUCCUAACCCCCAUUCCCACACCUGCCGAUCAAAGCAAGACAUACUCGCCCAGCCCAUCCUGACAUCACCAUUGUCGCUCAGCUCAUCGACCCUUGCCACACACCCGUGUGUCCCAUUGUGAAGCGUCAUCGCAAGCCCCCAAAAGCGCCUAUCGAAUAGUCUGAACCGCGCAAACUUCAGGAAAGCCAGUAUAGCAUUUGGGGGAGAGAAGGUCACAGGAUCACAUUUUGCAUAUAUCGCCAGACGUCCCCCAAAGUUUUCCUCAUGGAUAACAAGAACCCCAUCUGGAGUCGUCGUACUAACACUAGCAACCUCUCCUUGUCAACUAAUCAGACCGACAGCGCCGCCAACCCUCGGGACUACUCGUCCCUCUCCCGCCGAAAUGGACCGACAUCCUCCCAUGGCCGCUCCAUCCCCUUCAACUCGGCGCCGGCGCCCGGUGGUGGACUAGCUUCGCCGUCCGCAACCGGACCCGGAGGAGGUUCUACUAAGACGCCAAAGACACCGGGCAACCCUUUCGAGAUGGCUAUGGGUAUGGUUGGGAGCAAGACCCCGUCUGCCGAGAAGUCGUCCAAGGAAGCUCUGAGGUCGACUGUCGGCAAGCAAUCUAUCUUAAGCUUUGAUGAGAAGAAGAUUACGCCUUCUUCGCACGCACUUCUCGACACAUGGGUAUUCUGGACUCGACCGCCCAUCAGCAAAGCCAACGGCUACAUCGAGUACGAGAAGACAAUACAUCCAAUCGCUCAAGCGCAGACGGCCGAGGAGUUCUCUGCAAUUUACAAGCACUUGAAGCCGCCUUCCGCCCUUCCUGUGGUAACGGACUACCACCUCUUCAAGAAGGGUGUGCGUCCGAUAUGGGAAGAUGACGAGAACAAGCAGGGAGGCAAAUGGGUAUUACGACUGAAGAAGGGCAUAGCGGAUCGCUACUGGGGCUUGAUCCAACUGGCAUGCAUAGGUGGCCAAUUUGGAGAAGGGGAAGAUGACGUGGUGAAUGGGGCGGUGCUGAGCGUGCGUAAUGGUGAAGACAUCAUCAGCAUCUGGACAGCGUCCACAGGCCAGCGAGUCCUCAAGAUAAGGGACACGAUGCGCUUGGUACUUGCAUGUCCUUCUGACACUCGCUUCGAAUUCAAGAGCCACGAUGAGAGCAUGCAGCAGCGUGCCUCCAUUGAUGAACAGCGUCGCGAGAAGGCUGCCGCUAACCAUCACCAUGGCGAGGGCGGCAAGCGAACCUCGCGCCAUAAUGAUAACAAUAACCCAAGACAAUCUCAAGAGGAGCAGCGGUCGUAGUCUGAUCGUUGUCCUAGGAUUACAGCCUCCAUAAUCCUCAAAGCCCAAAAGCUAAACCCCUGAAGGCCACUUCACCGGGUUCUGCUAGGUUCGUAGCUUGAACGACUGGACCAGUUGGUGCCAGUAAGAUUGGGCAUGGUCAAUCCCAAGCUACUACCCAUGGCUGUGACAUUUGAUGGUCAGAUUCGCGAGGAAAGACCGUCACCGCCUGACAUUACGAAUGGAGAUGACACCGGGGGGGUUGCCCACCGACGAGGAAUAUGUUUCUAUGCCAUUUGAUCAUGUUUAUCAGUGGCGCAGAGCUGCAAUAGCGCGUGUACUUUACUGUGUAGCAUCACCAGGAAAUCAUGGGAGGACCGGUCUAAAGCACUGGUAGCGGCCUGAGUGCUAAAGCAUAGCGAAAGCAAUCUGAUAAUAAAUCUAAGAAGCUUAUGAAGAUAUGAGUUGAGUUAAAGGC